UGGGAGAGCGGGGAGCUGACCUGGCCGCGAUGCCCUUGCACAAGUUCCCGGUCGGUCUGUGGAAGAAGCUCCGGCUGCGGGAAGGCAUCUACUCUCGCCUGCCUCAGCACUACCUUCGCUCACUGGAGGAAGAACGGACACCCACGCCCGUGCACUACAGGCCACAUGGGGCCAAGUUCAAGAUCAACCCCAAAAACGGGCAGCGGGAGCGCGUGGAGGACGUGCCUAUUCCCAUUCAUUAUCCCCGUGAGUCCCAGCUGGGGCUCUGGGGUGGCGAGGGCUGGAUCCUGGGCCACAGAUACGUCAACAACGACAAGCUCUCGAAGAGGGUGAAGAAAGUGUGGAAGCCACAGCUGUUUCAGCGUGAGCUCUACAGUGAGAUUCUGGACACGAAGUUCUCUGUGACUGUGACUAUGCGAACCCUGGACCUUAUCGAUGAGGCCUAUGGGUUUGACUUCUACAUCCUGAAGACCCCAAAGGAGGACCUGUGCUCCAAGUUUGGGAUGGACCUGAAGCGAGGGAUGCUGUUGCGACUUGCCCGACAGGACCCCCAGCUGCACCCAGACGACCCUGAGAGGAGGGCGGCCAUCUAUGACAAGUACAAGGAGUUUGUCAUCCAGGAGGAGGAGGCUGAGUGGGUUGGCCUGACACUGGAUGAAGCUGUGGAGAAGCAGAGGCUUCUAGAGGAGAAGGACCCCAUCCCUCUGUUCAAGGUCUACGUGGAAGAGCUAAUUGAGCGGCUUCAGCAGCAGACACUGUCUGAGCCAGCGGUGGUGCAGAAGAGAGCCAGCGGGAAGUGACCACAUAGUGACUGACCCAUGCCUGAUAGCCAGGCUCAGUGUCCCUUGUUGUCCCCCAGCUACCCCACUCUUCUGCCCUUUGGCAAACCUGUAGACAGAAUCUGGGGUGGUGGCAAGAACCACCUGUGAACAGUGGGUGAACCAUUCUUGUGUGUGCUGGCUAUGAAGCUUUUGGGUGGGGUGGACUUUGUGGAGGCCCUAAUGGGCCUCUGGUCCCAGGAUCCCCAGUGGCCUGGGGCCUUCUCAUAGUCUGAGUCCCCGCCGCCCCCCAGCCCUGCAGUGGAGGCCCAGCUGAGGCAGGUUCACCACAGUCUGGGGAUAGCAUGAGUAAAGUCUGAGCUGGGUCA